AUGCACCAAAAAACUCAUGCCGGGAAGAAACCUUUUCAAUGCUCAGAGUGUGGAAAUAAAUUUAGUGGGAGUGAUGAUCUUCAACGGCAUCAGAGAACCCACACAGGGGAGAAACCUUUUGAAUGCUCAGAGUGUGGAAAGAGAUUCAGUCAGAGUGGCACUCUUCAAGUGCACCAAAGAACCCACACAGGGGAGAAACCUUUUGGAUGCUCAGAGUGUGGAAAGAGAUUCAGUCAGAGUGGCACUCUUCAAGUGCACCAAAGAACCCACACAGGGGAGAAACCUUUUGGAUGCUCAGAGUGUGGAAAGAGAUUCAGUCAGAGUGGCACUCUUCAAGUGCACCAAAGAACCCACACAGGGGAGAAACCUUUUGGAUGCUCAGAGUGUGGAAAGAGAUUCAGUCAGAGUGGCACUCUUCAAGUGCACCAAAGAACCCACACAGGGGAGAAACCUUUUGGAUGCUCAGAGUGUGGAAAGAGAUUCAGUCAGAGUGGCACUCUUCAAGUGCACCAAAGAACCCACACAGGGGAGAAACCUUUUGGAUGCUCAGAGUGUGGAAAGAGAUUCAGUCAGAGUGGCACUCUUCAAGUGCACCAAAGAACCCACACAGGGGAGAAACCUUUUGGAUGCUCAGAGUGUGGAAAGAGAUUCAGUCAGAGUGGCACUCUUCAAGUGCACCAAAGAACCCACACAGGGGAGAAACCUUUUGGAUGCUCAGAGUGUGGAAAGAGAUUCAGUCAGAGUGGCACUCUUCAAGUGCACCAAAGAACCCACACAGGGGAGAAACCUUUUGGAUGCUCAGAGUGUGGAAAGAGAUUCAGUCAGAGUGGCACUCUUCAAGUGCACCAAAGAACCCACACAGGGGAGAAACCUUUUGGAUGCUCAGAGUGUGGAAAGAGAUUCAGUCAGAGUGGCACUCUUCAAGUGCACCAAAGAACCCACACAGGGGAGAAACCUUUUGGAUGCUCAGAGUGUGGAAAGAGAUUCAGUCAGAGUGGCACUCUUCAAGUGCACCAAAGAACCCACACAGGGGAGAAACCUUUUGGAUGCUCAGAGUGUGGAAAGAGAUUCAGUCAGAGUGGCACUCUUCAAGUGCACCAAAGAACCCACACAGGGGAGAAACCUUUUGGAUGCUCAGAGUGUGGAAAGAGAUUCAGUCAGAGUGGCACUCUUCAAGUGCACCAAAGAACCCACACAGGGGAGAAACCUUUUGGAUGCUCAGAGUGUGGAAAGAGAUUCAGUCAGAGUGGCACUCUUCAAGUGCACCAAAGAACCCACACAGGGGAGAAACCUUUUGGAUGCUCAGAGUGUGGAAAGAGAUUCAGUCAGAGUGGCACUCUUCAAGUGCACCAAAGAACCCACACAGGGGAGAAACCUUUUGGAUGCUCAGAGUGUGGAAAGAGAUUCAGUCAGAGUGGCACUCUUCAAGUGCACCAAAGAACCCACACAGGGGAGAAACCUUUUGGAUGCUCAGAGUGUGGAAAGAGAUUCAGUCAGAGUGGCACUCUUCAAGUGCACCAAAGAACCCACACAGGGGAGAAACCUUUUGGAUGCUCAGAGUGUGGAAAGAGAUUCAGUCAGAGUGGCACUCUUCAAGUGCACCAAAGAACCCACACAGGGGAGAAACCUUUUGGAUGCUCAGAGUGUGGAAAGAGAUUCAGUCAGAGUGGCACUCUUCAAGUGCACCAAAGAACCCACACAGGGGAGAAACCUUUUGGAUGCUCAGAGUGUGGAAAGAGAUUCAGUCAGAGUGGCACUCUUCAAGUGCACCAAAGAACCCACACAGGGGAGAAACCUUUUGGAUGCUCAGAGUGUGGAAAGAGAUUCAGUCAGAGUGGCACUCUUCAAGUGCACCAAAGAACCCACACAGGGGAGAAACCUUUUGGAUGCUCAGAGUGUGGAAAGAGAUUCAGUCAGAGUGGCACUCUUCAAGUGCACCAAAGAACCCACACAGGGGAGAAACCUUUUGGAUGCUCAGAGUGUGGAAAGAGAUUCAGUCAGAGUGGCACUCUUCAAGUGCACCAAAGAACCCACACAGGGGAGAAACCUUUUGGAUGCUCAGAGUGUGGAAAGAGAUUCAGUCAGAGUGGCACUCUUCAAGUGCACCAAAGAACCCACACAGGGGAGAAACCUUUUGGAUGCUCAGAGUGUGGAAAGAGAUUCAGUCAGAGUGGCACUCUUCAAGUGCACCAAAGAACCCACACAGGGGAGAAACCUUUUGGAUGCUCAGAGUGUGGAAAGAGAUUCAGUCAGAGUGGCACUCUUCAAGUGCACCAAAGAACCCACACAGGGGAGAAACCUUUUGGAUGCUCAGAGUGUGGAAAGAGAUUCAGUCAGAGUGGCACUCUUCAAGUGCACCAAAGAACCCACACAGGGGAGAAACCUUUUGGAUGCUCAGAGUGUGGAAAGAGAUUCAGUCAGAGUGGCACUCUUCAAGUGCACCAAAGAACCCACACAGGGGAGAAACCUUUUGGAUGCUCAGAGUGUGGAAAGAGAUUCAGUCAGAGUGGCACUCUUCAAGUGCACCAAAGAACCCACACAGGGGAGAAACCUUUUGGAUGCUCAGAGUGUGGAAAGAGAUUCAGUCAGAGUGGCACUCUUCAAGUGCACCAAAGAACCCACACAGGGGAGAAACCUUUUGGAUGCUCAGAGUGUGGAAAGAGAUUCAGUCAGAGUGGCACUCUUCAAGUGCACCAAAGAACCCACACAGGGGAGAAACCUUUUGGAUGCUCAGAGUGUGGAAAGAGAUUCAGUCAGAGUGGCACUCUUCAAGUGCACCAAAGAACCCACACAGGGGAGAAACCUUUUGGAUGCUCAGAGUGUGGAAAGAGAUUCAGUCAGAGUGGCACUCUUCAAGUGCACCAAAGAACCCACACAGGGGAGAAACCUUUUGGAUGCUCAGAGUGUGGAAAGAGAUUCAGUCAGAGUGGCACUCUUCAAGUGCACCAAAGAACCCACACAGGGGAGAAACCUUUUGGAUGCUCAGAGUGUGGAAAGAGAUUCAGUCAGAGUGGCACUCUUCAAGUGCACCAAAGAACCCACACAGGGGAGAAACCUUUUGGAUGCUCAGAGUGUGGAAAGAGAUUCAGUCAGAGUGGCACUCUUCAAGUGCACCAAAGAACCCACACAGGAGAGAAACCCUUUGAAUGCUCAUGCUCAGUGUGCGGAAAGAGAUUCAAUGACAGUGGCACUCUUCAACAGCAUCGAAGAACCCAUACAGGGGAGAAACCUUUUGAAUGUUCAGAGUGUGGAAAGAGAUUCAGUCGAAGUGGCCAUCUUCAACUGCACCAAAGAACCCACACAGGGGAGAAACCAUAUGAAUGCUCAGAGUGUGGAAAGAGAUUCAGUAGGAGUGGCAUUCUUCAGAAGCACCAAAGAACCCACACAGGGGAGAAACCUUCUGAAUGCUCCGAGUGUGGAAAGAGAUUCAAUAAGAGUGGCCAUCUUCAAGUCCACCAAAGAAUCCACACAAGGGAG